GGGUCCUACAUGUCAUACUGGUCACGGGCCGUGCUGCCAAGCUGUCAAUCCCAAAUUCACCUCUCGCCGUCACGCGAAUUCCGGCGGCGACCCACCUGCCCGGCGGCCGGCUACCCCCGCCACGCACCACCGCCGGAUCAAGCCUCCCUGCCACAAACCAGGAGCUCUUCCUCGCCGGCGCUCUCCUCAUCCACCCGUAGCAGGAAUGGAGAAGUAUCACAGCAACUCCCGAUUUGCUCCCUUCAGAGAUGCUCCAUUUGCUCUCCGUGGUGCCCUUGGUAGCUCAGGCUCAUCUUUCAGCAGCAUCGACAGCCUCAGACGCUCCUCAACCCUUGAGCAAGCUAGGGGGUACACAUCUCGUCCCCUAGGAGCUGUGCGGCCAAAGAUGCUCCCAUCUGGAUGCCGACCCCUGCACACAAGCCAUCCUCUGUCGGCUCCUGUUGCUAACCGCCCCCUGUCACCCCACCUUCCUCUGAAGAAGCCACAGCUGAGUGCUACAUUCUCUAUCUCGCACCGUAUAUUUGGUGCUGCGUUGGGUGCUGCCAUUAUAUCCAUUCCUCUCGCCACCAAGUUCAGCCUCAUGUUUGAUGUCUGAGAGAGAAAUGUGGUCUGCAUGAUGAGAAAGAAAUGCUAUAUUUCUGUGACUAUCUCAGCAUCUGAAUUUGCCUUGCAAUGCAACUGUAGCUGCCGUUGGAAUAAUAUCUUUGCUGUGCUUGUAGACUUGUGAAUAAUAAACAAAACAUGCAAUGACCAUACUCCCUGUGAGAUAUGAUGUUUUAUGCUAAGUGUUAAUUUUCUCUACCCUUUA